AUGAAGCUGCUGGCGAGGAGUAUCGACAAUGACACCAGGGGGUGGAUCUUGUCCGCAGUGAGCGGUUUAGCUUGCGUCUUUGGCGCGUCCAUAAUAUGCGUCGAUGUCUUCGUGCGCCUCCUUCCGGGCAAGGCCAACUUUCGCAUCCAAGACAGCAAUGUCUUCCUCGCGUGCUCGCUGAGCUUGAGCUUUGGCGUCAUGCUAUUCUCUUCGCUCUACAGCAUGCUCCCCGAGUCGAAAGAAUACUUCCAGCAAGAAGGCUGGUCCGACCAAGCUGCUGGCCUCGUCAUGAUGGCCUUCUUUGCCGGAGGUUUCAUUGGCAUCCAGGCCGUCUCGAGACUCGUCCACCAGUUUAUGCCCUCCCACGUCGUCGACUGCGAUCAUAGCCAUGGCAGUCCGCCCGACAACAAAAUUUCCGACAUUGCUGAGAAUGGUGAUGGCCAGCCUCCCACAAGCGAGGUGACUCCUCUGCUCAGCUCGGAGCAUGUUCAUACCAACCCGAUGUUGACUCGCCAUACUUCCGAAAUGGUGCAGCGUUCCGGCAGCCCUCCGCCGUCUGCCCGCAGCCGUGCCAUUACCGACGAUACCGUGCUCUACACUAGACGCCAAUCCACACCUGGGCUUCGGAAGCGGAUGAUGUCCUUUUUCUGGGAUACAGAUUGUCGCUGUGAUGAGUCCAAACGGUGCUAUGGAUAUACUGAUCCUUGUGGACAGGAGUGUUUCAAGCACUUGAGCAGCCGCGCCGCAAGCAACACCCCCUCCCUGCGCGCAAGCACUGGGCAUUUCCACGCACACCACUCAUUCCACGCCACUCAUGAUCACGGCGACGGAGAUAUUCAUGACAUGGACGAGGGCGAUGCCGAAGCCCAGCAUCAUCACCACGUCCCAGCUAACGCCUUUCUUUCUAUUGGAUUGCAAACGUCCAUAGCCAUAGCUCUCCACAAGUUCCCAGAAGGCUUCAUCACCUACGCUACGAACCACGUCAACCCGGCCCUGGGCUUCAACGUCUUCAUGGCCUUGUUCGUCCACAACAUCUCUGAGGGCUUUGCCAUGGCUUUGCCUCUUUAUAUGGCUCUUGGUUCCCGCUGGCGGGCCAUGGCCUGGUCGGCUCUCCUUGGUGGCCUGUCUCAGCCCCUUGGCGCGGCUAUUGCCGCCCUGUGGUUCAAGCUUGCUAACAGUACCAACAUCUCGCCGAGCGGAGUUGUGUACGGGUGUCUUUUCGCACUCACUUCGGGCAUCAUGGUCAGUGUUGGACUGCAGCUCUUUGUCGAAAGCCUGAGUUUUAAUCACAACCAUAACCUGUGUAUGCUCUUUGCUUUCUUGGGCAUGUCUAUGCUGGGCCUCAGCAACGCCUUGUUUGCGGAGCACUGA